CUUUUUUCCUUUUUCUAUUCCAAAAACCCCCAGUUUCAUUUCUUUCGUUUUUCGUUUCAGCACCCACACAUUCUAAAACCCUAGCGUCGAAUCUACAUCCAGUUCCAAGACACCCUCAUGAGUUCAAAUCCGGAUGGUGAGUUGCAGAAUGCUUCUGCAAGCACACAAGAUGCACCAAAGCCCCCAAUUGAGCCUAUCCACUUGCCUACAAUAGAGGAAAUCCGAGGCCAGGACAUUUGGAAUAAUUGUGCUGUACGGAGCGUUGUCAGUGGAGUCAUGGGAGGUGGAUUGGGGUUGUUCAUGGGAUUGUUCCUUGGGGCUCUGGAUAAUCCGAUAAUGCAAGAUGAAAUGACUGGAAGACAACAGCUAGUUUACCAAGCAAAGCAGAUGGGUAGAAGGAGCUGGAGUUCCUGCAAAGCCUUUGCCAUUAUGGGAUUUAUCUUCUCUGCUUCUGAAUGCGUCAUUGAGAAGGCCCGGGCCAAGCACGAUAUUACAAAUACGGUGGUUGCUGGGUGUGUAACUGGAGGUUCUAUAUCCGCUAGAGGUGGCCCAAAAGCAGCAUGCGCUGGGUGUGCUGGUUUUGCUGCAUUUUCAGUUGUGAUAGAGAAAUUCUUAGAAAGACAUAGUUGAGGAACCAAAUGCUCAAUUGAUUAUCAGCAUACAAACUUACUAUGAAGUUGGGACAUGGCAAUACAACCAGAGAUUUUAUUCCAAUAUUUUGUUCAGAUAUAAAAUAUUGAACAAUUUUGUCACCUCAAUUUAGGGAUGUAAAAUGUACAUCAUGGGAGCUAUUCAAUUUGUAAUAGACGUUUCAAUGGCUGAUCAUAAUCAGCCCUUUGAACCAAGGGAAGCUGAGUAUUUAACAUGACAUUUUAGAACUGUUUAGUCCUAAUAAACGAGCCACAUCGAUCCCUUCUGUAAGUAUGAAAGUUGCACUGCUGGGAAGAGCUUGCUCGCUC